AUGAAAAUUAUCCUGUAAAAAUACACAAUUUAUUUUUAAAAUACUCAACAAUUUAGACUUCAGUAGGCUGCGAACCAUUCUAUAGAAUUUACUGAAUGCAAUCGACCCUGGGAUCUGCGGAUCCGCAAUCGGUCGAAUCUGCAGUUGCGGAAUCCUCAGAAUCAGAGUGGUUGGCGUUUGGUCGAAUCUGCAAUUGCGGAACCCGCAGUUCCGGAACCGCAGAUGCGGAACCCUGCAGAUGCGGAACUGGCUGAAUCCGGCGGCAGGAUGUAAAUUACACCGUGUUCCAGGAGGGCCUCGAAUAUCCCUGGCUUUUGGUAUGGGUGGAGUGGUGGUCUUGGAAUUAGUCCUCCGCAGAUACCCAGUGAAGGCUGAACUUGGAUCUUUACUUGACAAUAAAAGGAAUAUUUAGGGUAAACAGGCUUUCCUUACCUCAGUUGGUAAAGAAUCUGCCUGCUAGGCAGGAGACCCGGGCUUGAUUCCUGGAUUGAGAAGUUACCCUGGAGAAGGAAAUGGCAAUCCAUUCCAAUAUUCUUGCCUGGAGAAUCCCAUGGAAAGAGGAGCCUGGUAGGCUACAAUCUAUGGGGUCGAAAGAGUCGGACUCACGACUUAGCGACUAAACCACCACCAUUAGGGUAAACGGGGGCCUACUUUUUGGUUUAACAAUAAUCCAAUAUAAAGUUCACUGUGUAAACCUGGUCAAAGAGAACAAGGUGUGUCUUCUAAUCCUUUAGCCCUUUUACUUGUAUCAUAGAUAAAGUUCGAUGACCUUGUGCAUUUCUCCAGACAGAAAGCUUUCGGUAACUGAGAAGUACAGCCAGGCCCAAGCCCUUACCUCGCUGACCUGUGGAUUUCUGUGUCUUUUGAGCCCUGUCUGGAGUGGAUCACAGAAGCAAUAAGAGGAGCUUCCAGAUUCUCCUGGUUGCUAUCUGAGCAUACUUACGACUCACAGACUUACAAAAUGGCAGCCCCACAUCUGUCCACUAUAUUUGACCCUUCCUGUGCCCAUGAAAGGAUCACAGAGAUGGGAAACUUCCGCUCUUGGUUACAGAACUCAAUCACCUUUGAGGAUGUGGCCAUAAACUUUACCCAGAAGGAGUGGGCAUUGCUGAAUUCAUCUCAGAGAAUGCUAUACAAAGAUGUGAUGCUGGAGAACUAUAGAAACUUGGCUUCACUGGGACAUCAACUCUGCAAACCUCCUCUCAUCACCCAUCUGGAGCAGGAAGAUGAAAUGAAGAUAGUAGAGCGAAGAAUUCACCAAGAUACCUGUUCAUAUGAGAUGAUUCUCCUUAAAACCAAACGACCACAGCAAGAACAAGGUAUUUUGGAGAAAUAUACACUCAAUGGCAAGAAGGUAAGAUUCACAUGGAAUAAUUUCUUGUCCUCACCUUAG